UUCGACCAAUGCCUUAGAGCCAACCAUUGCAACAACGAACUCAACCUUACUCAGCGUCGCCAGCACAUCGGCAGCGCCUGAUGCUGGUACCAUCUCCCGGCAGCUUCUUCAGCAGAUCGUGUCAACGGUUACUGCUGAAGUUACUCGGCGACUUACACCGCACCAUCAAGCGGAGCUUUCGGACACUGUUGUUGAAGCCCCAGUUGUCGCGAUGGGAGAAUCCACCUCGACUGAACAACCCGCCAUUGUUUCUGGUAUUGUGGAAGAAGCCUUGCAGUCCGUGCAUUCUCCCGAUGCAG